AUGUCGCGUGUCGCACUUGUUGCUGAUCCUGUUGCUAAUGCUGCUACCCAAGCCAGAAGAUAUUUUAUUACUAUAAAUAACCCAAAUAGUAAUGAAAUAUAUUCGCUUAAGGCUUUGGAUUAUAAAUAUAUCAUUAUUGCCCAAGAAAUUGCUCCAACUACCGGUACUCCUCAUAUCCACUGCUUAGUGUUGUUUAAUGCAGCCAAACGAAACAUUAUUUAUGAGGAUGGCACUGCUCCUCAUACCGGUAUUGGUGACACCUUCAAACAGAUGGUCCAAGAAGCUAAAAAUGGAACUAUUGAUAGUGCGUGCUUGAUGUAUUGUAGAUAUGAACGAUUUUUCCAAAGAUUUAUUCCAAAGACUGAUUUUGUUUAUGACAGUGAACUAUCUUCAAAAAAUGCCUGGAUAUAUGGUCCAUCUGCCACGGGAAAGUCUCGUCUUGUCAGAGAGUAUGCAAAGUCUAGAGGUUAUAGAAUUUAUGAGAAACUUUCCAACAAAUGGUGGGAUAAUUAUGAUGGAGAGGAGAUAGUCCUUAUUGAAGACUUGGACCCUCAAGUCUGUAAACUCCUCGUCCAUCAUAUUAAGCUUUGGGCUGACAGAUACCCUUUUAGAGCUGAAAUAAAAGGGGGUUCUGUCAGAUUAGAGCCAAGGUUUCAAUUUAUUGUAACCUCUAAUUAUUCCUUGGCUGAGUGCUUUGAAGGACCUGAUGGUGCUGCUAUUGCCAGAAGGUUUGAUGAGUGGGAGAUGAUGUCUGAAGAAGAUUCUCUCUCCUUCACUUGGAAGAGUGUGACUCUUGACUAG